CACUAACAAUUUCGCGCCAAACCUACCAACAGGGAAGUAAACACAGCAGCUGUCUGGUGUUGUAAACAAAUGUCGUUCGUAAUAGUGAUUGAAUUUUUGAGAUAAAGGUUUACAUGGAAACACAGUCGUAUGUGCCCAUUCCUCCAGGGGUGGGAAUGGAGGAGAACUUCUUUUCCCUGGACGACAUUUUGCUGUCUCACGAAAGACUGGCUAGCAGAACAGAGUGCUCUUUCCCCCGACUUGGAUUUUUAGAGAAGUCAAGCGAUACUCGGGACAUUCCGGAGGGAACCAAGAUGGAGCUUCCAUUGUGGCUGGCCCGGGGCCUGUAUGAGAGGAAGAGGAGAGUGGUGUCUGUGGAGGUGCCCAAAGUGUACCGCGAGGCCUGGAGGACCGUGUUUAGCGCCGACCCCACGGUGGUGGACCUCUACAAGAUGGGGCCCUACUACUACGGCCUGGGCUCCCAAAUGCUGCACUUUGAAAGCCCAGAGAACACAGAGAUCGCCCAGGCUGUGCUGCAGACCUUCAUUGGGCGUUUCCGGCGGACCAUGGACUCUUCCCAGAAUGCCUACAACGAGGACACGUCAUCGCUGGUGGAGCGUCUGGACUGCCUGGAGAGGGCGCUGUUCAGGGCGGGGCAGUGCGGCCUCAACGCCUUCCAGAGCUGGGAGAGGGGCCGCAGCUCGCACCUCUCCGCCUCCAGCCUGGUGCUCAACUACCGCAAGAGGAAGAUGGCAGAACUGCAGGCCUGAAGGACACACUCCCUGCCUCUUAGACCAGGGAUAUGCUUCAAUGAGCUGUACAUGCCUCCUUCCCGUCAAGCCGUCUUUGUAACAGGCUGACCCUAACGGUGCCCUGGGAAGGCCCCCAGAGAGGCCAGACACCCGGCUCCAUCACAGCCUCUAACCUUCCAAACCUGGAAAUAUGUUAUGUAUGCUACAUUGUUUUAUGUAUGCUACAUUGUUUAAUGGAAAGUGUUUUUCAUGAAAAUAAACGUCAGACUGGUGAAUUGUA